GAGGGAGUCACACUCACACCACACCACCAACCAAGAGAAUAUAAAUAAAAGAAAAGAAAAGAAAAUAAAACCUCCUUUAUUUUUUCUUGCUGUCAGACAUUUUGAUUCAUGAAUGAGAAACACAAAAACAAUAGAACUAAAAUAUCAUCACAUCACAACCUCUUCCAUUUUUGAUUUUAUUGAAUCAUUCAUUUCAUUGCUAUGAAUUUGUAAAGAGAAUUUUGGAAAAAUAAAAUGAGUGUAUCUUUGACUGUGAUGACCUUGAAUCUCCAUGAUGAUGAAGCAGAAGACAGUCCUAAUUCAUGGGAAAAGAGAAGAGACAUAUGCAUAAGUGUUAUUACCAGUUACUCCCCCAUCAUCCUCUGUACCCAACAAGGAGUCAAAACACAAUUGGAUUUUCUCCAGCAAGGUUUGCCAGGUUAUGAUCAGUUUGGCGUAUCACGAAAAGGGCCACAAGAUACCACUGAUGAGCAUUGCACUAUCUUCUAUGAUAAGGAAAAGGUAGAGCUUCUAGAAGGUGGAACUUUUUGGUUGUCUGAGUCUCCCUCUGUACCUGGAAGCUUCUCAUGGGGUUCCGAAGUUCCUUGCAUUGCAACAUGGGCUACAUUUCAACUAAAAGGAGUUGAGCCACCAGGAUUCUCAUUUCAGAUAGUAAAUACAAACAUGGACCAGUUCAGUCCUCGUGCCCGUAGACGAAGUGCUUUACUCACAUGGCAGCAUAUUGCAUCCUUACCCCCUAGCCUUCCAGUUGUGUACUGUGGAGGAUUCAAUACACAAAAGGAAUCAACUACCGGACGUUUUCUUCUUGGAAGAUCAAGAGAGCAUGGUGUAGUUGGGGAUAUGAGGGAUGCAUGGCCUAGUGCGCGUGUGAGGAAAAACGUUUCCUUAAUCCGAACUUAUCAUGGAUUCAAGGGUGAUAAACAAGGAACCCUUGAAUUUCUCAAGUUAAUUUUUAGAGCCCUCUGCCUCUGUUGGGAUCGCCAAACACAGGAUCUUCACGUUGAUUGGAUCCUUUUCAGAGGUAGAUCUUUGAUUCCUGUUUCAUGUGAAGUUGUGAAUGAUAAUAUUGAUGGAUGUUAUCCAUCAUCUCAUUUUCCUAUAUUUGCCGAGUUUAUGCUCCCUCGCACGGUAAGAAUGUUAGAAUCACCUGUACAAGAGGAUAACUAAAUUUCUAUGUCUUGCUAUAUCUGAGUUCUAUUGUGCUUAUUUUUUUCCCUACCCUUUUGUUGUAUCAAUAAUUCCUUCUCUAGUUAUAAAUGGAUUUGCAGAAGUAUGGAAGUAUACUUCUGAUAAAUGUAGAGACACAUUAUUAAUAUGAACAAUAUUUGUAAUGCAUUUCUAAAUUUUGAUUUGAGAAUGUUUCUUUAGUUAA